AUGCCAAGGUGCUGGUUCUCAUGUGGGAGUCGCAAAGACAAGGAGCAUGACACUGCCACAAGGAACGAAAAGCCGGGUGCCUCGAGCAAUGGGUCUUCUGAGAGACAACAAGCUGGCAAGAACGACCGUGAGGGUGGCCCAGCAACAAAGCAGCCAGAGGCGGCCGUUGACGGCACUUCGGAGCUUACCACCUCGCAGAUUCUCUGGAAUGAAGCAUAUGACAGCCUGAAGGUAGAGGAGGCGGCUCUUGUGAAGUCGUAUGUGAGGGUAAUGGCAAAGACCCUCCAGCCGGAGGGCACUGGGACAGCGGACGGUGUCCUGGCAGAAAUGGAUGACCCAGUGGAACGACAAUUAGCGAUGGAGAAGCUGGUGAGGGACGGUGUGCAGAAGAUCGCGAGGACGUCAGCCGUCGCAACAGGGGUCGGCAUUGUGGCCGACGGCUUCUUGAAGGCCAAGGGCUUGAUUGACACCGCGAUCGGGAAUAUUCCACAGGCUGCUCUGCCGUGGGCUGGCGUCUGCGUCGUACUACAGGUCCUCAUAAAUCCGAUGCAAGCCUCGCAGGCGAACCAAGCCGGCAUGGAGUAUGUGGUCGCCAACAUGGAUUGGUAUUGUAGUUUGUCCGAACACAUUCUGAGCAAGGAGUACAUCAAAGUUGGAGAGGAGAACUACGAAGGAGUCCGGGAUCAGUUGAACAGCACGCUUGUCAAACUCUACAAAGCUCUGCUCUUGUAUCAGAUGAAGAGCGUCUGCUCCUACUACCGAAACCAAGUUGAAGAGUUCCUUCGUCAGAUGCUCAACUUGCAAGACUGGGAUGAAUUUACCACACUCCAAAUGAGGGACAUGACUGGCAAAAUCGUCAAGGAUGGGGAAGAGAGGAAUGAGCUUCUGGGCGGUAUGCGUCAGGAUAUUCGGCAGCAAAACGAUGAUCAGAAGAAGAUGCAUUUGGACGAUGAGACCGCAAAAUGCCUCCGAGACUUCGAUGCAGUCGACCCUCAGAGUGAGAUGGACGAUAUUGAAGCGCGCAAGGACACACUGCUUAGGGAAGCCUACGAAUGGGUGCUCCGGACGGAGCAAUACGCUGCCUGGAUAAACUGGGAUGUCCAAGAUCCAUGUCGUUUGCUGUGGAUCAACGGGCCAGCUGGCACGGGGAAGACCAUGCUCUUGAUCGGCAUCAUUCGGGAACUCGAGGAACAGCUGGGGGCCAACCUGACAUACUUUUUCUGCCAGAGUGCCUCUCAAAACCUCAAAGACGCAACUUCCGCUCUGCGAUCCUUGAUCUGGUUACUCCUGCAGCGACAACCACAGCUCACCUCCCAUCUACUGGCCAAGUACCGAAGCGGAAGCCGAUUCAAUGAUAGUCAAGCCUUCUGGACGCUGAAGAGAGUGUUCCUAGAAAUGCUGGCUGACGAAAGCUUCUCGCCCGUCUACCUGAUCGUCGACGCUCUGGAUGAAUGCGAGGAGGGAACACCGGGGAGAGAACAUUUGAUCGAGCUCAUGUCAGAGUCCCUCCGCGCAACAGACAAGGUCAGGUGGCUAGUCUCCAGUCGGCCCGAGGUCCACGUCUACGAGAAGCUCAAGGAGCGGGACGCGCCAGGCACCAUCCGCGCGCUCGACGUUCGGAGCAAAGACGCUGUCAACGCAUACAUCGACCACCAUCUGAGUAAGCUGGCUAAAAGGCCGGGAUACACACCAAAGAUUCAAGAGGAAAUCUCACGCGAGAUUCGUCAGCGAGCCAUGAAUACGUUCCUGUGGGUGGCCUUGGUGUUCAAAGAGCUCCAGAAUACUCCUGGAUUGUAUGCCAUGAGAAAGAUUAAGAAAUGCCCUAAUGAUCUUCUCACACUAUACGACCAUCUGAUGAACCAAGUUGAGAGGGGCCAAGAUGAAGAUCCCAUGUAUUGCCGGAGUGUUUUGGCUGCUGUUUGCCUUGCCUACCGGCCACUGUCUUUCGAUGAGCUGCACGUCAUCGCUGGCCUGGACCCAGAUGACAUACCGGGCCGAAUUGUGAAAGAAUGCGGCUCGCUCCUGACAGUUCAAGACAACACCGUCUCUCUUGUGCACCUCUCAGCCCGUGAAUGGCUGAUGUCAAAUUUCGAGGCACGGCUCCAGAAGCGCGGACCCGCGCAAGUCCAUGCUGACAUCUGUCAACGCUCAAUCGCAGGAAUGUCUGCAGAAGAAUCGGGGCUAAAGCGCAACAUUUGCGGCAUCGAGGAAGGAACCCAAUCAGACGAUAUCGUGAUUCCUUAUCCAGAUCCACUAGCUGCUCUACGGUACUCGUGCGAGUUUUGGGCCGAUCAUCUUCUCGAAGUUGGUCAAAUCUCGGACGAGAAUUGUCAAUUGUUCGCUGAUGACGGGGAGAUCUUUUCUUUUCUCAAGUCUUCGUCGAGCAAAGGCGUCAAGUUCGCUAGUGUCUUGAAGGACGCUGAAAACUUCGUCCGCAGGCAUCGGACGACCAUCGAACAGUACCCACUACAGACAUACGGAACUGCGCUUGCGCUCAGCCCCACAAGAAGCGACGUAAGAAACAUGUUCUGGAAGGAGAGGCUGUCAUUUAUCGAGUCUGUCCAAGGCGUCGGUGACGCGUGGAAUGCUUGCCUGCAGGCCUUUGAACCCCCGACAUUCCGGCUCCCCUCGGUCGCUUUUUCACCGGAUGAAAAGGUCCUCGUUUUGGCUACAUCUGGGCGACUGCAGCUGUGGGACCUUGCAACUGGUGGCUGCAAGCGAGUUCUGGAGGAGGGCGAUGAGGAUCAUGAGGUUUACGCAGUGGCGUUUUCACCAGAUGGUAAUACCCUUACUACCGUUGCGCAAAGUGCAGUGCGGUUCUGGGAUGUUACCACCGAGGCUUGCAAAAUGACCCUCGACUUUCCAGAUGGUUCCAUUUCAGCAGCGGCCUUUUCACUGGACGGUGCAUGUCUUGCUGUGGCUUCCGGUAGAACAGUCGGUCUCUGGGAUACCGCUGGCAUGGUAUGUGACAAGACUCUAGAGGAUGUCGCCGACUACAGCUUGACAUCCAUUGCAUUGUCGCCAGACGGCAAACUUCUUGCCGCUUGCACAGACAGGGAAGUGCAGGUAUGGGAUAUUGCUGCUGGGGCAGUGAAACAACAACUACCCAAGUCUCCGGAGCAUAUCCACUCCGCGGCGUUUUCGCCGGAUAGCAAGACUCUCGCAUUGUGUUCUUGGAAGCAAACGGCGAUUUGGGAUGUCGAAAGCGCGACUUUCAGCCACGAAUUGAACGAAGACUACUUCAACCCUUUUAAUGGGUUCACGGCAGAUGGCCGGUUCGUCGCUCUCAAUUCGUUUGGUAAAGUGCAGUUCUGGGAUGCGGCAGAUCCCAUCUGCAAGCAGAUUCUUCAGGGCCGAUUGAGAGGCGUUAGAUCAAUCUCUCGCUCACCAAACGCCAACUAUCUCGCGUCCGUUGAACCCACCAUGUCUGUGAGACUCUGGGACGGCUCAAUUUGCGAAGCGGAACAAACCUCGCCAGGGCUUAGCGCUUCAGUCAGUUUCUUGUCCUCCUCUCCGGACGAUACCGUUCUCGUGUGUGUUGCAGGUGGCACCAUGCAACUCUGGACCACCGACGGUGUCUGCACACAUACACUCACGCACCCCACUGGAAGCGCCGGGUCCGUCACUUUUUCUCCAGACGGCAAAACCUUUGUAUCUAUCGCGGGGGAUGACACCGCCUGCGUGUGGGACGUUGAGACGGGCAGGCUCCUGCACACCCUCAAACACUGCGUGGGGGAAUGCAUUAAGAUGGUGGUCUUCUCUCCAGACGGUACUACCCUCGCUGGUGGCAGCGUAAAUACGUUACAGCUUUGGGAUCCCGUUACUGGAUCCUCUAAAAACAGUUUCGAGGGCUUCUCGAUCCACGAUGCAUGCUUCUCCCCCGAUGGGAAGUUCCUGGCCGCCUCCUCAUCCCGGAUGAUCUUCCUGCUGAACAUAGCCACCGAUGUCCAACAGACUCUCGACAGCCCCCACCAGGAUGACAUUCUUGAGGCAGCCUUCUCGCCGGACAACAAGAUCCUAGCCUCUUCGUCCGUUGACGGCAUGUUAUGUCUCUGGGAUACUGCUACCGGAACCUGCACCUAUACCUUCGAGCUCGAGGGAGAAGCAAUGUGUGCGCUGUCAUUCUCCGACGACGGCAAAUUCUUGUUGACGAACCUGGGACGCCUGAACCUCGAAGAUGGCUCUGUCAGUCCGCAGCUGCCAGCAUCCGAGGAAGGACUGGCAUCUCCCCCGGUGUCUUCUGACAGGCAACGUGCAGUCAAAGAUGCAUAUGCAUGGCCUGUAAUUGACGGGCUGAGAUAUGACGGCGAGUGGGUGAUUCGGGAGGAGAAGAGUCUUCUCUAUAUCCCUGCGGGUCAACGACCUGCACAUCCAUGGCACACCUGGAAGAUGUUCAAAAAUAUUCUUUUCAUCGGUGAUGGGUCGGGUCAAGUGACGUGUUACAAGUUUUCGUUUCCGUCUUCCUGA